GCGCGCGCGAGAGUGGCUGAGUGAGUUUACCCCUAUGAGGCGGUGAGAGGCCCGGGGCCUACCUCAAAGGUGCGGGGUCGCGGCGCUAGCUAGCAGCGGGCCCCCUCCUGGUCCCCGGGCCCGGCGGCGCAGCGGCGGAGGCUCGGUUGUGAGGAGGUGGGGAAGCGGGUGUCCGGCCCCAGACAUGGAGGGCAUGGACGUGGACCUGGACCCCGAGCUGAUGCAGAAGUUCAGCUGUCUGGGCACCACUGACAAGGACGUGCUCAUCUCCGAGUUCCAGCGGCUGCUCGGCUUCCAGCUAAACCCGGCCGGCUGCGCCUUCUUCCUGGACAUGACCAACUGGAACCUACAAGCAGCAAUUGGCGCCUAUUAUGACUUUGAGAGCCCAAACAUCAGUAUGCCCUCUAUGUCUUUUGUUGAAGAUGUCACCAUAGGAGAAGGGGAGUCAAUACCUCCUGAUACUCAGUUCAUAAAAACAUGGAGGAUCCAGAAUUCCGGAGCAGAGGCCUGGCCUCCAGGGGUGUGUCUUAAAUAUGUCGGGGGAGACCAAUUUGGACACGUGAAUAUGGUGAUGGUGAGAUCACUAGAGCCCCAAGAGAUUGCAGAUGUCAGCGUCCAGAUGUGCAGCCCUAGCAGAGCAGGAAUGUAUCAGGGACAGUGGCGGAUGUGCACUGCUACAGGACUCUACUAUGGAGAUGUCAUCUGGGUGAUUCUCAGUGUGGAGGUGGGUGGACUUUUAGGAGUAACGCAGCAGCUGUCAUCUUUUGAAACGGAGUUCAACACACAGCCACAUCGCAAGGUAGAAGGAAACUUCAACCCGUUUGCCUCUCCCCAAAAGAACCGACAAUCAGAUGAAAACAACUUAAAAGACCCUGGGGGUUCUGAGUUCGACUCGAUCAGCAAAAACACAUGGGCUCCUGCUCCUGACCAAACUGAGCAAGAUGAGAAUAGACUUUCACAGAACUCUGUAAAUCUGUCCCCCAGCAGUCACGCAAACAACUUAUCAGUAGUGACUUACAGUAAGGGGCUCCACGGGCCUUACCCCUUCGGCCAGUCUUAAACGGAUGUCAGCAAGAAGAAAAAUAAACAAAAGACAGAAGGUUUGACUUUGGUGGCGGGCGGGCAAGGGGUUCCUCUGGAUUGCAGACCACAUCGCACAGACCUCUGGCUCUGAUCGUCCAUCCUGGAAGAAGAGGAAGAAGCAAACAGACUAGUUUUGAGUAAACUCAGUGUGCAUGUGUGAAUGCUGAAUCGCUGGAAUGGUGUUGAGGCUACCAAGAAGAAAUCCAUGCAGCCACCUUGGGUUUUGUUUAUUAGGCGUCAGUCUAACAAGUCAUUAGGCCACUCGGGAAGGGGAAAAAAGCCAUCUUUUUGAACAAAAAUUAUUUUGCCUACAGACAGGUUGUAGUUUUGAGCACAUGUUAGUUUUUCCCUUCUUUCUACACUUUUAUUUUUUUAGAUAAGGGAUAACAUACUCUGUAGAAUAGCCGCUUGCUCUAGACACGGUUCAGGUACAGAGCUGGUGUGGUGUGUUUGGGGCUCCGUGGGCAGUGCUGCAGGAGGGCAUCUGCAGUGCCACGUGAUCCAGAGUCUGAUGGCAUCAGCCAGUGAGCUAUUGCCCUUUUCCUCUUCUCUUUCAUCUUCUGUUGAUUUACACCUUUGACAUUUGUAUUUGUCAACCAUGUGGCUUAUUACCAUCAGAACCUCUCUGAAGACCAAACUUCCCUGUAUGGCCAGCAGAGGAAGCCUUGAGGACGGGUCUCAGAUGAUGUGGGAGUUUCUUACGCUGAGAGGUGGCCUCCUGCACACACUUGUAACAGUUCAGAUUGCUUUUCUCCUAUGUUCUCUUGGCAGAAAUGCCAUCAUGCUUACUGCAUUUUGGAUUCCUCAUCCACAGUGGCUCCCCGUUCACUCUGGAAACAGUGCCUCUGUGCUGCAUAUAUGUGUGCCACAUGCACACUCAUGGAUGUUGGUGCAACUCACCAGCAAGUGUAAAGUAAAGGUUCCAUGCUCCUCUGUUGUCACACAGCUCCCUUCCCUGUGUUUCUUCUCAGUUGUCUUUUGUGGUGUUUUCAUAGCCUGUUAGUGGAGGCUGAGCUGUUAAGGUAUGAAAAUACAGCCACAAAUAGGGAACUUGCCAUUGGGAAGGUCAGUUACUGACUCUGUGAUAUUGGAGACCACACUUGGAUGGAAAUGAGAGGACCCUUGUCCUGAGCAGGAUGCCUGGUUACUGGGACAUGGUGGGCACAGGCAACCCAGCCAGAGCAGAGUCUGAUUGGCUGGCUGCUCACUGGGCAGGUGGCCACACUGGCAUCCUGUGGAUUCCGAGCAGGUUGAGAUGCGGGUGUCUCCAUGGGAAGCUUGAACCAGGCUAGAACAGCUGUCUGCCAAAGAUACAAGAAUAUGCAAAGUCCCUCUUCUCUUCUCACUCCCCCCUUCCUUCCCUAAAGUGUUGGUUCGAAAGCCGGGGAUACGGAUGUAGGAUCUAGGGCGCAGUUGCCUGCCUGUUACCACACCCCAACCCACCCUGGGGGUGUGAGUCAAGGAGGGAGACCAGGUGAUGAGUGGCUGCUAGGGGUCAUAUAGCCUGGGUGUGGGUGAGGGUCUGCCUGCCUGUCUGUCUCUGUUUGGGUGUGUGAGUUCAAAAAAUGUGUGUUGUUUGUUCCUCCUCAUCCUCUUCUGAGACUGUUUUAUAAAAGCUUGAUUGUGGGAGAUAAGCUUGUAUGAAAUUAACCCUUUUGCCUUUCCACCUCCCCAAAAAUAAAAGGGGGGAUACGUUUUGGUCCACUGGAGAAGCCCUGGGGGAGAGGGGAGCCAGCCUGCUGAGCAGGGCAGUGCAGCUAGGUCUGGGACUGGACCAGGGCUCACACAAGAACACCCAUUUUUUAUGCACAUGAAGGGAGCCCCAUUUGUGAGCAGAGGGGUGUCCCUGUCAGGUGCCCAAGCCAGGGGCUCACGAUAGCUUUUUGGCUGAGGGCCCUACUAGGCCCAGACUGCUGCUACUGUUGGUGCCAACCUUCUGGGACACCACCACCAUGGAGCCCACCCAUGCCCAGCAUUUUCCUCGUUUGAUAGCCCUCAAAGCGGCAUGUCUCCAGCUACCCCUGGCAGGAUCAUGGGGGACUUCCACACCCUGGUUUUCUGGCUUCCUCGCCUGUCCCAUGCAAGGUGCCUCUUCACCAUUUCCUGGGAGGGGCUGCCUGCCAUUGUUUAGCAGAAGCACCCUGCUUCUCUUGCUUCUAGGCACCCUGACCUGGCAAGGCAACUGUCCCAAGCACACUGGCUUCCCUCCCAAGAACAAACUUUCUGUAUACAUCCUUGCAGAGAGCCAGAGCAAGUGCAAGUCAUGGAGUAGGGACAAGGAGUCCAUGAUCCCCCUGGACCAGGGGUUAGCGGUACCAUUCAUUCCGCUUCCUCUCACUGAUGUGAGUGCUGAGCAAUGCCUAGAGCCCCUCCUCCCCUGCUAGUGGGGUGGAACAGGCUAUCCUUUCAGCCCCAGUAGCCUCUGCUCUUCAUCAAAAAGCAGCUGUCUGUCGUCAGGACCACUAGUGUCAGACGCAUGAGGUGAGGCAGGUGCCACCCUGAGGGGCCCGGCUUGGGAAGAGCCUGUCUGUGUGCAUGGAGUGAGGUGUGUUUGGAUGUGUGUGCACACGUGCAUGCCUUUUUUUUUCCCCCCCUUCUUGUCAUGGGGACAGUUGAAUUCAGGGCAUUUUCCUGCAAGAAACAGAUUUCUCUCCCUCUGUAAGGACUGGCUAUAACCUGAAACUCAUCUAAGGCACUUCCAACCUAGAAAAAACCUAAACAAGACAGCUGGUAUGGCCUAAGGAUGGCCACGGCGGGGAAUGGGCAUGAGAAUAAACAGCUCCCCAAAUUCAACCUGAGCCCCCGCAGCAGAGGAUGGUGGUGUUGCCAGGGCUCAGAAAAGCAUGCGAUCCCCCACCCUGCCUUGCCUUUCCUUUGUGUCCUUGGGUGAGUGCUGGAGCAGCAGUGGCUGCUCUCUACCCGACAGGGGUGUGUAGUAAGCAAGCUGGGUGGGUGUUUGUGGUGGGGCCUCAUGGUGCCUGGGAAGAGAUGAAGAUGAGGAGGUUUUUCCUUACUGUAAAAAUGAAUAUUUGUAUGAUUAAAUUAACACACACCAAAAACAA